AUGGCGAGACUCUUUGUUUGGAACAUUCCCCUGCCGCGCAUUCCGAGUGCAUGGCGAGAGCACCUGCGUGAUUUCGGCACCUACGCCUCUGGCGCGCUGUUUACCUUCGGCUGGUGGUUCUUCAUCGACGGCCUGGUGACAGCACGGACGACGACCGACUUCCCCGUGUCGUUUGGGUUCGAGGACUGGAUUCCGGGCAUUCUGUGCACCUUGGGCAUGCUAAUAACGAAUUCAAUCGACCUGGCGUUAUUGCGCGACGACGGGUUCGGGUACGGCAGCAGCGGAUUGGCAGGGAAGGCGAAGCUGACCUUGUUUAUCGGCAUAGCGCUGCUGGCCGGCGGCGUAGCCGGGUCAAUUGCGAUUCUGGCGAUAAAGUACAUUGUGCCGCAGGUCGACUCCAGUGUCAUGUAUAUCGGCUUCACAAAUGUCAUCCAGACGGUGUCGGUUCUUCUGGCGUCCAUCGUGCUGUGGUUCGUGCACAACUCGGAGUCCGACAACCAGUAUAACUUUGUACUCAACUGAACACAAUGUAG